GUGCUACUCCUCCUCUACCAUCUAGCUUUGAUGCCCAUCUCUUCACGGAAGACGCAGACCGACCCUCGGACCAGCAUGAACGGUAGCACAUCGACCAACACAAACAACGGCGUGCGUGUGAACCAGCACGAAUUGUGUGUCAGCAGCGUAUCGACCAGCAGAGUCCCUGCGGACUACACGGGCAGAGUCAUGUGUGCCGUGAUCAUUGACGGCGCCGACUGCUCUCGAACCACGGUGGUCGGCAGCUCGAGUUCCUCGCGAUCUGGUGUGGAGACACUGGUCGAGGUCGUCCGAGAACUGAAGGCCCGCCGCGGGCUUGCGUUUCCGAACGAGAAGUUCCAGCUGUUCGUCGACGGCGGUGUGCGCCGCGCGUCGCAUGUGUUGCCCGUACGUCCGCUCCUCCUCUUCCCAAACUCUACUGCUAACAUGUUGGUUAUCGCGUUUUUCAACCUCCGUGGGAGGCUGUGUGCGCGCUGCACCUGGUGCCCCGGGAGCCUGCGAGCCGUCGCCCACGCCCGCGAGCCCGAGCUUGGCGAACACAGCGCGGAACGCAUCGACGCGGGUUCGAUAAAGUCGAUGUGGUGCAUGCAGAUCAGGCCUACCCACCAUCCCAGCUGCGGCGGCUUGCAACCUCUAGCCCUUCGCUGUCCCGCAUACACAGUCACUCGUGUUCGACAACCUCCACACAGCUCAACUUCCUGAUGGGCCCGUGGCUGCAUUCACCACCUCACUGCCACGCACGGGCCCCUUCGCGCACGCCGCGGGCAUGCUUGGCUGCUGCCGCAGGUCCCCGAGCGUGUCAUGCAGGUCGUGGAGGAGCGCAAGGGCGGGAUGAAGCGUGCGGAGGACGUCGAGGCCGGGCUUGCGGGGCUGCUCGCGAGGAACCUUGCUGGUGCUCAUUCUGGAGCACUCAGCACAGUACUGUACACUGAUAUAUUGCACGAAUAUAUGACAUCCUUAC